AUGGGGGGGGGUUGGGGGGGGGGUUGGGGGUGGGGGGGGGGGGGGGGGGGGGGGGGGGGGGGGGGGGGGGGGGGGGGGGGGGGGGGGGGGGGGGGGGGGGGGUGUUGUGGGUGGUUGGGGUGGGGGGUGGGGGGUGGUGGGUUUGGGGGGGGGGGGGGGUUUGUGGGGUGUGGGGGUUGUGGGGGGGUUUUGGUGGUGGGUUGGGGGGUGGGGGUGGGUGUUGGGUUUUUUGUGUGUUUGUGGUGGGUUUGUGUGUUUUUUGUGGGGUGGGUUGUGGUGGUUGGUGGUUUGUGUUGGGGGUGUGGUGUUGUGGUUGUUGUGUUUAUGGUUGGGUUUUGUAUUUUGGAUUGUUUGGGUUGUGUGGUGGUGGUAUUUUUUGGUGGUGGUGUGGAUUUUGAGGGAUUUGAAAGGUUGUGUUUGGGUGUUGGGGGUUGUGUUUGGGGUGUUGUUGGGGGGUGUUGGGGGGGUUUUGGGUUUAUUUUGGUUGUGGGUUGGGUGGUGGGGGUGUGUGGGUGUUGGGGGUGUGGUGGGGUUUGUGUUGUGGGUUUGAUGGGAGGGUGUUUGUGUGUGGGUGUGGGAUUGAUUGUUUGA